AUGAUAAAACUAAAUGAAAAAAAUGAUGAUCUACGAACAGGACAGCUUACUAUCUUUAUACGUCGCCAGUGGUCUCUUGUCGACGGUGGACCGGAUGAAAACCCAAGGCAUUUAAAAAACAUAAAAGUUUAUUGUCAGCUCUUUAAAAAAUUCAACCUGGAUUACCUGAGCAUACGAACGUAUGCCACAGGACAAUCCAAGUACAAUCCUGUAGAGAGAGGAAUGGCAACGCUAUCCGAUAAGUUGGCAGGUGUUACGUUGCUAAUAAAUCACUCUGAAGUGCACUUAAACACUCAAGGCAAAGUAAAUCAGCCAAUCUUCAGCUAUAUCGGGAUCUUAAAUUUCAGGGGUCAAAAGAGAGUAUUAGGAUAUGAUCUUCAUUCUAAAUUUCAUGGUCGCUUAAAAAAUGGAGAAAAAGUGGAUCUAGAUAAAGAAAACUUAGAUCCCGAAGACAGAGAAAAAGUUGAAAAAGUUCAAGUCCCUAUGAAAAAAAGUGUAUACAAACAUUGA